GGCGGGGCUUGAGGCUGGGGUGGGCGGGGCCUGCGCCCGGAGCUCCCUGGGUAAGGCCCAAGAUGGCUGCCUCCGCGUAGUACGCGUGUGAGGCUGGCCAGGACCGUCCCUGUCGUCUCCUAGAAAGCUACACCUGGCUCUCACUCUUCUGCUCGUGCGGCGUGCAGUUGUAAGGGAGAGACGAGAGCCAUGGCAGGGAGCCUCUCUUGGGUGGCUGGCAGGGGCCUAGGGGGCUGGGUGCCCCUGGCCUGUAGAAGCUUCUUUCUGGGUGUUCCUGGAUUGUUCCAUGUAAGGGUCACCCUCCCGCCCCCCAAAGUGGUUGAUCGUUGGAACGAGAAGAGGGCCAUGUUCGGGGUGUAUGACAACAUCGGGAUCCUGGGAAACUUUGAAAAGCACCCCAAAGAACUGAUCAGGGGCCCCAGAUGGCUUCGAGGCUGGAAGGGGAAUGAAUUGCAGCGUUGUAUCCGAAAGAAGAAGAUGGUUGGAAAUCGGAUGUUCAUUGAUGACCUGCACAACCUUAACAAACGCAUCAGCUACCUCUACAAACACUUUAACCGACAUGGAAAGUAUCGCUAGAAGAGAAAGCUGGCAACUGUGGAAGAGGCACAUCAAUCCCCCAGGAGAGGGGGGACAGUACUUUACUUUAUGAAGAAAGGGAUUUGUAGACUCUGUAAUAAAAUGGGGCUCCUUUGGAAUCUGCUGUCCACACACUUUAUUUUCCUCCAGAUGCUGCUUUUACUUGUUACAUAGACUAUGCAUUCUGACCCAUCCCUAAGUCUUAGAGUCUUAGGUUUGGACUUCACCACUUGCCCUUUGCAGUCUAGCCAUACCUGUGGUCUUUAAAAAAGAAAGGUUGUUGUUGGCAUUUUUUGUGGUAGUUUUUAAUUGCCCCAUAGUGCUGUUAUGUUAAUGUGCUUUUAAAAACCUUUCCACACUGGGAUGAAAUGUAAUAGAAAGUGGAAUUGUACUUCUAUACUAUUCUCAUAAAAAACUAUUUAUUGGAUACCUCUUCUGAGCUGAGAACUGUAGGAGAAACAAGAAAGCAUAAUGUAUCCUCCCCAUCUCCCCAUGUGCUUUUCUAGUUAGGGGUAUCAAGUUAUAUUCUCACAUGUGCUUUAAUAUAAGGCAUUAAGUACUAUGUGAGUGGUUCACGUCGGUGGUUCCCAAACCUGACUGGUCGUCAGAAUCAUCUAGGGGGUUUAACAGUUUCACUGGCCUGGGCCCUGCCCCCAAAGAUGUCUAAUCUGUAGAGCUGAGCUGAGUCUUAUGCAUCUAUGCGUGCUUUUUAAAAUAAUUAUAAAAAACCUAUCUAUACAUACAAUAGAAAAUUUAAAAAUUACUAAAGAGUAAUCAGAUGACAAGUUUUCUCAUGGCGUGUUUGAGUUUCUCAGAGGUAACCACUCUUACAAGAUUCUUUUUAAUCCUUCUGGAUGUACACUGGGCAUAUAAAGUUUAUGUUGUCUAUCUGUCAAUCUACUUUAAAAAUGAUUCCAUGCA